AUGCUGUGGUUGUGUUGUGGCAGUGUUUUAACCAUGAGGUUGUGUUGUGGCAGUGUUUUAACAAUGUGGUUGUGUUUUGGCAGUGUUUUAACCAUGUUGUUGUGUUGCGGUCUAGGUUCCACCAUGACUACAGGGUUGCGGUCAGUAUAAAUGACUACCUGGACAUCUACUGUCCAUUCUACACCAACGGCCCCCCGGCUCACGGUCGAAUGGAACGCUAUAUCCUGUUCAUGGUCAACCACGAGGGGUACACUUCCUGUCAACACAGGAUGAGGGGGUUCAAACGCUGGGAGUGCAACCGUCCUACCGGUCAUGACGGACCCCUGCGCUUCUCAGAAAAGUUCCAGCUGUUUACGCCUUUCUCCCUGGGCUUUGAGUUCAGGCCGGGGCACGAAUACUACUAUAUCUGUGAGUAAUAUCUCACACCACUACAAUAUAACUAAUAUGUGACUAAAAUAUUGUACUACUACAGUACUACCACUAUAAUUGUGAUUAAUAUCUUGAACUACUACAGUACUACCACUAUAAAUGUGAGAAAUAUGUCUUACUACUGCAGUACAACAACAACAUAUUAUGGGGUGAAUCGUAACUUCCAUUUAAGUCGAAUUUGACAUGAAUGCAUGACUAAGUACAAUUUUUGACUUCAAUAUAAGUUAGGAUUUACUCCUCCUACUACUACAGUACAACUACUAGUAUAUGUAUUACUACUGCCAUGAGGAGAGAGAGAAGAGGAGGAAUGAGAGAAAUGUAGUGGGAGGGAGGGCAGAUGAAGGGUCAUGGUUAUUUCCUCUGAGCAGCAGAUUUUUAUGAUGUUGCUCUGAGGUCAGACUUGGCUCUUCUUAUCCUCUCACUGUGUGUGUGUGUGUGUGUGUGUGUGUGUGUAUGCGUUUGUGUGUGUCUCCCUUUCAAUCUCAUGGACACCAGAUGUAGUGGGAUCACCCAGGUCUAACCUGGACCCCAUUCACAGUGGCGUAACAGACAUAGCAAACUACAAACUCUCUCCAUCUCAUUUUAUUUCCCUCCCUCUUUCUCCCUUGUCAGCGUCUCCUCAUCCCAACCAUGUAGGGAGGCCGUGUCUGAGGCUGAAGGUGUAUGUCAGACCCCCGGGUAAGUCACGCUCUAACUACACACACACACACACACACACACACACACACACACACACACACACACACACACACACACACACACACACACACACACACACACACACAUACACACACACACACACAGAGAGAAGACAGAGGAGAGUAGAAAGACAGACAGAAAUCCUCUCCUUUAAGUUAAGUUCCUAAUAGAGACAUGACUACUCUCCUUUACAUUUUGUUCCUAAUAGAGACAUGACUACUCUCCUUUACAUUUUGUUCCUAAUAGAGACAUGACUCCUCUCCUUUAAAUGUAGUUCCUAAUAGAGACAUCACUCCUCUUCUUUAAAUGUAGUUCCUAAUAGAGACAUGACUCCUCUCCUUUAAAUGUAGUUCCUAAUAGAGACAUGACUCCUCUUCUUUAAAUGUAGUUCCUAAUAGAGACAUGAUUCCUCUCCUCUGUAAUUACCAGUUUUUUCUGACUCUGACAUAGAAACCUCAUCUUCUUCUAAAGACUUUCUACAAUUAGCACUGUGACUGAGUGUGGGUGUGUGGGGGUGUGUGUGUGUGUGUGUGUGUGUGUGUAACUGUAUUAAACUGUAAUUAGGUUGCUUUAACCCCCUGCUGAGGUCUUGGCGACAUUCGUCUCCUCUCUCUCUUUCUCAUCUUACACUCUUUCUCCCAUUCUCUUUCUCUCUUACUGGGUCUGUAACUCCAACACUUUCUUCUUGUUAUUCCUGUGUUAUUUUCUGUCUAUUUUAGUCAUUUUCUCUCCAUUCUGUUGUUCUCUCUCUCCAAUCAGUUGGUUGUUUAGUUUCCUUUCUCUCUACUUUCAAAUGCUUCUACCAUUUUAUCUCUGCUUUCAGAUCGUUCUGUCCACUUUCUCUCUGUUCUAUUCUGUCCUAUCUCUCCUUUCAGAUGUUUUCUGUCCUCUCUCUCCCUGUCCGUUCUGUCGUUUUCUUUCUCUCUGUCGGUUCAGACUUCAAUGUUUUCGCUCUCUGUUGAGUCAUGCUGUCAUUCUCUCUCUGUUCCAGGCAGUUCAGGGUUUGAAUCUCCAGAGCCCUUUCUGACUGAUGGAGGUCCAGACUGGGUCCCAGAGUCCCUGCUAGCCCCAGCCCUACUACCCAGCCUAGCCUCACUGCUACUGGGCUUCCUCUCAUCGCUGUGA